UUGAUUGUUUUUUCAAUUGAAAAGCUAUUGUUCUGGACUCUAGUAAAUAUUAUAAGUUGUGAUAUUGCUCUUUACAAUCAAUUAUUAAAUAUCUGAGUUUGCUUAAAUAUUAUUAGACACAAUAAAAAUAUAAACUGUUAUCAUUGUACAUUAAUAAUAGUACAAUCUCAAUUAUUGAACAUUAACUGUUCCGUCUGUUAAAGAUUUAUAUAAACUUCGUUCAGGUGAUAUUUUUCAAAUUUAAUAUGAUGGAUGAAGAUAUAGAACAAAAAAUAAGAAGUAUUCAAAAGGAGUAUUUGAGUUUCUUAGAUGACGAAGAAGAUCAAAAUGUUUAUCAUAAAAAAGUAAAAACUAUGAUUGAUGAGAAAUCUCAAAGAUUACUGAUUGACAUAAAUGAUUUGCGUAAAAAAAAUCCAGAUAGAACUCAAGCUUUGUUGACUAAUACAUUUGAAGAACAAUUUGCGUUUGAACGUGCACUUAAAGAAUACAUUGCUAAUAUUGAUUCUACCUUUGCUAACCAAUAUGAUGAAUUUUUUGUUGCAUUUGAAGGUAGUUUUGGAAGCCGCCAUGUUACCCCUAGAACAUUAAGUAGUAAGUUUUUAGGUAAUUUGGUAUGUUUAGAAGGUAUUGUCACAAAAUGUUCUCUUGUCCGACCAAAAAUUGUAAGGAGUGUUCAUUUUUGCCCAGUUACUAAAAAAACCAUUGAACGUCGUUAUACAGAUAUGACUUCUACUGCAGCUUUCCCAUCUAAUGCAGUAUAUCCUACCAAAGAUGAAGAUGGUAAUCCUUUAGAGACUGAGUAUGGUUUAUCUGUUUACAAAGACCAUCAGACUGUUACUAUCCAAGAAAUGCCUGAAAAAGCACCUGCUGGACAAUUGCCACGUUAUGUUGAUAUUAUAUGCGAUAAUGAUCUUGUUGAUUGUUGUAAACCUGGUGAUCGUGUUCAAAUUGUUGGUAGUUAUCGUUGCUUACCAGCAAAGCAAGGAAGUUAUACGUCGGGAAAUUUUAGAACUAUCCUUAUAGCUAAUAAUAUUUCACAACUAAGUAAAGAUUCUACAUAUUCUAUAAGCAGAGAAGAUGUGUUUAAUUGUAGAAAGUUAUCUAGAAAGAAAGGUGAUAUUUUUAAUUUAUUGGCCCGCUCUUUAGCACCUUCAAUUCAUGGUCAUAAUUUUAUUAAAAAAGCUAUUUUAUGUCUCUUACUUGGAGGAAUUGAAAAAGUUUUGCCUAAUGGUACUCGUUUACGGGGUGAUAUUAAUCUUUUACUUAUUGGUGAUCCAAGUGUUGCUAAAUCGCAACUGUUAAGAUAUGUGUUAUGUGCUGCCCCUAGAGCUGUAGCAACAACAGGUAGAGGAAGUUCAGGUGUAGGAUUAACUGCUGCAGUUACUACUGAUCAAGAAACUGGUGAUAGGAGAUUGGAAGCAGGUGCUAUGGUUUUAGCUGAUCGUGGAGUGGUUUGUAUUGAUGAAUUUGAUAAAAUGUCAGAUAUGGAUCGAACUGCUAUUCAUGAAGUGAUGGAACAAGGUAGGGUUUCAAUUUCUAAAGCUGGUAUUCAUGCUAGGUUAAAUGCAAGAUGUUCAGUAUUGGCUGCAGCUAAUCCUGUUUAUGGUCGUUACGAUCAAUACAAAACUCCUAUGGAAAAUAUUGGUCUACAAGAUUCAUUAUUAUCUCGUUUUGAUUUAUUGUUCGUUAUGUUGGACUCACCUGAUAGUGAAAAUGAUAGGUUAAUAUCUGAGCAUGUUGUACGAAUUCAUAGAUAUAGAGAUCCUAAAGAACAGGAUGGAGAAGCCUUACCAAUGGGAUCUGGUGUUGAUAUUUUAAGUACAAGGAAUUUGGAAAUUGAUGAAAAUGAUCCAUCUAAAACGCGUAUGUUUGAGAAAUAUGAACCUUUGUUACAUGGACCUCGUAGCAAAUCUGAACAAAUUUUAAGUAGUCAAUUUAUGAAAAAAUAUAUUCAUAUUGCAAAAUGUGUGAAACCUGUUCUAACAGAAGAAGCUUCUGAUGUUAUUUCUGAAGAAUAUUCAAGGCUUCGUUCUCAAGAAGCUGUUGAAUCUGAUACAGCAAGAACCCAACCUGUAACAGUUAGAACAUUAGAAACAUUAAUUCGGUUGGCAACAGCCCAUGCUAAAGCUCGCUUAUCUAAAAAUGUUGAACAACAAGAUGCUCAAGCAGCUAUUGAACUUGUCCAAUUUGCAUACUUCAAAAAAGUAUUAGAAAAACCUAAAAGAAAAAGGCAGCAUAGUGAUGAAGAAUCAGAUGGUGAACAUGAGGAAUCCCCCAAUAAACCACCAAAAAGAAAGCCCAGAAAAAAUAAUGAAGAUCCUUUUGCAUUUGAUGAUGAGGAAAUUGAAAACGAACAUGAUGUUAUGGAAGUUGAAACUGAUGAUUCACAAAAUACUAACCAACCUCCGCCUAUUCAACAAACAUCAAUUUCUCCUGAUAGAUACAAAAUAUUCAAAACUUCAUUGAGUAAUGUAUUCCAAAAGCUCAGAGUUCAGUCUUUAAGUUUUACCCGCAUGUUUAGUUUGAUCAAUGAAGAACAUAUAACUAAUUCUUUCAGUGAAAAUGAAGCUUAUGCAGCUAUUUACAAAAUGAUGGAUGCUAACUUUAUUAUGUUCUCUGAUGGAAUUAUAUUUUUAAUAUAACUCAUAUUUUCAAUCACAUGUUUGUGAAUUUUUUCAAAUUUAAUAAUUAUACAAUAUCUAUUUAAAGAAGAACAUAGUCUAAUUUAAUAACUGAGACUUAGUUCGAUUAAUAUAUAUUUUAUUUUUAAUCUUAUUUUUAUUUUACAAUAGUUAUUUUUUAUUAAAAAUGAAUAUGUAUGAUACUGAAAUAGAAAUAUUAUUAUUCUGUAAAAACAUCAUGUUAGUUUA